GUAAUUAGCGUAAAACAAGAUGGCGUCCCGUUGAAAAAUAAAUUGGUCCGGGAUGAAUUUGACGGUAACGUCUGUCCUCCUUUGAGGUUUUAUAGUUUUAUUUUUUUUAAAUUGUUAUUUUAGCUCAGAUAAGGGCCUUGUGGAGACGGGUGAGUGGAGCUCGCUGGUGUUGGGUCUUGUCUCCUGCAACACUCCGGUGACAGCCGGGGAGUCGAGCCGCUGACGGACGGGAUGGACACUGGAGAGUACAUCACUCCUAUGGACAACAUGGACUCAACUUUAGCGGAGUUGGGGGACGAGUUUACUUUAGGAGACUUUGACGAGAUGCUGCAGUWUGUCAGCAACCAGGUGGGGGACUUCCCCGACAUGUUUGAGGACCAGAUGACCACAGGGGGCCCGCUACAAACCAGCAGCGUCAGCUCUGCCCUGCAGCCAACCAUUCAGACCCCUCAGACCCCUCAGACGCCAGCCGCUGCUUCCUACCAGAGCACCGUCGGCCUCUCCUCCUCCCAGUCGUUGUCCCUCCAGUCUGUACCCCUGACCCCUCCCCUCACUCCCGCACAGACGCCCUCCCCCGUCACCACUCCUUCAGUGCAUCAACAGGUGACCCGCAGCCCCCUGCUGCUGCAGCCACGGCCUCAGGUGGUCCAGUCCAUCCAGCCGCAGCUCCAGCAGACUGCCCCACAAACCAUCCAGAUGCACACCCAGGCUGUUCCCCUGCAGACUCAAAACUUCCCUGUCCAGACUCUGGUUCAGACCCACACCCAGACGCCCCUCCCCAUCCAGACGCAGGCAGCACAAACUGUGAUGAUCGCCUCUAACGGCGGACAGUCUCGCUUCAUYCAGAACCCUGUCAUCUGCCACCAGAGUCCUGCUCCCAGUUUCCAAGUCCUUCAGCCACAAAUGCAGAGCAUCAUGACGUCCCCACAGCUUCAACCGCUAACCAUCCAGCAUCAGCGAGUCCUGACCCAGACUGGUCAGACCAUUCAGACGCUCUCCACAGCGCCCACCGCAGUUCACACUGUGCAACAGCAAGUGCCUGUUCUGGUUCAGCAGCCUCAGAUUCUUAAGACGGACUCACUGGUUCUCACAACUCUCAAACCAGACGGGACACAAGUGUUGUCCACCAUGCAGAGCCCUGCAGGCAUYACCACCCUGACUACACCCAUCCAGAACGCAGCUUUACAAGUCCCAACGCUGAUGGGCAGCAACAUCCUCACCACCGUUCCUGUCGUGAUGGGAGGAGGAGCAGACAAGCUGCCCAUCAAACAUCUCCCGCCAGUCUCCUCCGCCUGCACCAAUGUCUCAAGACCGAGCAUGGACCAGAACCAGGUGRYGGCGGGCAGCAUAGGACCUGGAGUGGUGGUGAAGGAGGGCGAAAGGAGGACGACGCACAACAUCAUCGAGAAGAGAUACAGGUCCUCCAUCAACGAUAAGAUCGUGGAGCUCAGAGACCURGUUAUGGGCAACGAUGCUAAGAUGCAUAAGUCAGGAGUGUUGAAGAAGGCUAUUGACUACAUUAAAUACCUGCAGCAGGUCAACCAAAAACUACGACAAGAAAACCUGACCCUCAAGAUGGCCAACCAGAAGAACAAGCCCGUCACGCUGUCUGACGACGUGGAGCUCAAAGAGGAAGUAGUGWUGAUGUCACCUCCAGCCUCUGAUUCUGGCUCCGGCUCCCCGCAUCAGUUCUCUCCAUACUGCGUCGACUCUGAACCAGGAAGUCCUUUAUUGGAUCACGAUCAGGUAAAAUGUGAGCCUGACUCGCCCUCCACUGUUGGAGUGAUGGAUCGUUCUCGCCUGCUUCUCUGCGCSCUGACGUUCUUCUGUCUGUCCCUAAACCCGCUGCCCUCUCUGCUGGGCUCGGAGGCCUCGGUGAACUCGGGUCUGUCUGCGGGUCAUGUCCCAUCUCGAACGCUGGUCUGGUUUCCUACUCACACGCAGGACUUCGCAUCCUGGCUGAGGUGUCUGCUGCCGUGGGUGAUUGUGUGGGUUCUGAGUGGGGUGGGAGCGCUGUGGGGCUGCGUCAGGGUGCUGUACCUGUGGGAGCCCAUCACACCCCUUCACUCGCCAAAAUCUGUCUCGUUCUGGAGGCACCGCAAGCAAGCAGACCUGCACCUCAACAGGGGAGAUUACACAGCAGCCAUGGCCAGUUUAGAGACUUGUCUGUCCGUCUUGACRAGAGCUCUCCCCUCCACCGGUCUGGACCUGGUCUGUUCGCUCUCCUGGAAUUUGAUUCGCUACUGCUUGCAUCGCCCGACCCCUCUGGGCUGGCUGGUCYACCAGGUUGGAGGGAAGCACGAAGGGGAGGAGGCGAGGACCAGCGCGAGAGACGCAGCUCUGGUUUACCACCAGCUGAGCCAACUUCAGCUCACAGGAAAGCUGCCUCAGCGCAGCAGCUUGUGGGCGUUCUCCCUGUCCCUCAGCGCUGUUAACCUCAGCGAGAGCGCACAAGGCAAGAUGGCCCCGACUCAGCUCGCUCAGAUUUAUGUCACGGCAGCGACAGCCCUGCGCACCGUCCUGGGCCACCGCCUCUCUUAUCUGCCUGGUUACCUUUUGGGAUGCGCAGAGAACGUCGCCAACCAGUCAGAGAUCAAGCAGAUCCCUGACUGCCUGCGCUGGCUCUUCACGCCACUGGGCUGGCAGUUUUUCCUGAGCUGUGAUUGGUCGGUGAAGUCGGACAGCGGCGACGAGGUGUACACWUCUCAGAGGGACCCGGCUGACCCCAUCGCCCAGCUGCACCGAUGUUUCUGCAGGAAGCUUUUGGAGCGAGCAGUUCAYACCCUCAUCCAGCCGCAGAGCGACUCUGACGCAGGCGGCUGCAAGAACAGCUCUGGUGAAUUUUCCAGCGCCCUGGAGUUCCUGGAGUUGUUGAACAGCUGCACAGAGGACUCUCCUUCCCCUCCUCCCCCUUUCUCGACUCCUCCCAGUCACACCACCAUUUCAGUGGGAGACCCGGUGAGUCGUUGGUGGGCUCUGGUACUGAAGGCUGCUGUUCAUUGGCUGCUGGGUGAUGAUGUCGCUGUGAGGUCACUUUUAGCUGAAGCAGAGCGAAUGCCAAGAGCUCUGCACAUUCUUGACCAUCCCCUGCCCAAAGCUGUGCUUCUCCUGUGUAAGGUGGUCCAGAUGAGCYUGUCCCCACUUAAAGGGGAGAGCGUGGUCUCCUGCCUCUCCCACUGUGACAGAGCGAGCGGCUACCUGCGCAGCAGCAUCUCCGUGCCGCUCGCUCAGUCGGGCAACUGGCUCAACAAGGGGGUGGAGCUUCUCGUCUGUGACCUCCUUCUGACCAUAAGGACCAGCUUGUGGCAGCGAGGAGGCAGCAGUAACGGAGAGCCCGGUCCGGCUCCGGGAUCUCAGUUGGCUGGUUUCCAGAGGGAUCUGAGUGCACUCAGGAAGCUCACACAGUGUUACAGACAGGCACAACACAAGAUGUUUCUCCAUGAGACCACGGUGCGGCUGAUGGCUGGAGCCAGCCCAACGAGGACACACCAGCUGCUGGAGCACAGCCUGCGCCGCAGAACCCACAGCUCAUUCUCUGCUGACGGUGAGUGUGUUGUUGGCGAGAGGGAGAGGGCUCACGCCAUCCUCCUCGCCUGCCGCCACCUGCCCAUGCCCCUCCUGACCCCGCCRGGUCACCGAGCCCGUCUGCUGGCCGAGGCCAAGCGAACCCUGGAGCGAGUGGGAGACCGCCGGUCCCUGCAGGACUGUCAGCAGAUCCUGCUGCGCCUCAGCGGGGGCACCACCAUCGCCGCUUCCUGAGCACACAGGACAGGAARCACGUUUUAGACGUCAGACAUGUACGCCAUCAAACAGGUGCCGUGGCUGAAACGUUUAAUGGCUACACUUUUACAUGUUUGUUGCGGAGUGAAUUGUUGCAGCUCUUUGGCGCCCCCUUCUGCCUCAUAGUGGUACAGACUUUUCUAUUCUGUUCUGGUUUUCUGUUAAAAUAAAAAAUAUAGAGAUUUUGACCAACACACGAAAGAACAACUCAGACAGGGCCCCCAAAAACAGAAAAGGGGACCAGUAUCCAGCAGCGGUUUUAAAUGAAUCCAGCUGUAUCAGUGCAGUCAUUACUGUGUCGCUGUAGUAAUUGUGCGCUGUUCAGUUAAUUUGCAGUCUUCAUUUAAGAGGUCYGAGUGCGUCUCUGCUGCAGGAGGAACACGGAGAAGCUCGUUUUAAACCGUACAGCGCUGAGCAGUGUGUCGUCUUAUCUACCUCAAACACUGUACAUGCCAGCAUUGUGCUAAAAACAAAAAAGGAAAAAAAA